CGUCCUCCGUUAGCCAUGUUCGCCGCCCUCCGCCGCUCCCGAGCCGCCCUCAAACGCCUCCUCCGCCGCCGCCGCCGCCGGACCUCCCUUCCCGCCGAAUUCCCUGCGAUCAUCGGCGCCGCCUCGUCCCGCCGCGACCACCGGCGCCACAAGUGGGACGGGACCGAGUACGACCACAUUAGGGCGGACGUGAACUGCCCUCGGUGCUCGAAGCAGAUGCCCCUCCUCUUCUCCAACCGCCCCCUCUCCAUUACCGGCCGGGAGCCCGGCGUCUACCAGGCCCUCAACCUCUGCCCCCACUGCCGGACCGCCUUCUACUUCAGGCCCUUCAAGCUGGAGCCCCUGCAGGGGAGCUUCGUCGAGAUCGGCCGGGUCUCCGCCAAGGACGUGGAGAGGCAUCGCGAUGCUUCGCGCGUGAGGAGCCGAGGUUGCGGCGAAGCGGCGGAGAUCGGCGAGGCGAUCGCGGAGGAGAAAGAGGGAGGUUGGGGAGGAGGAGCGAAGUUGGGGAGGAAGUUGCCGACGCCGAAGGAGAUUUGCAAGGGGCUUGACGAGUUCGUUGUUGGGCAGGAAAUGGCGAAAAAGGUUCUUGCUGUGGCGGUGUACAACCACUACAAGAGGAUAUAUCACACCUCUCUCGGGAAAGAGUCAGAUGGGGAGUUAUCUUUUGGUGAUUUUGCUGAUGAUAAUCGAUAUGUUUCUGUGGAGCUAGAGAAAAGCAAUAUACUGCUGCUGGGUCCCACUGGCUCGGGGAAGACAUUGCUGGCAAAGACACUAGCUCGCGCUGUGAGUGUCCCCUUUGUAAUUGCAGAUGCCACAACUUUGACAGAGGCAAGUUAUGUUGGUGAAGACGUAGAGUCAAUAAUAUAUAAGCUGCUUGCGGCAGCUGAUUUCAAUGUGGAGGCAGCACAGCAAGGUAUUGUUUACAUAGAUGAAGUUGAUAAAAUAACAAAGAAGGCUGAGCAUGUAGAUACUGGCCGAGAUGUUUCAGGGGAGGGUGUCCAACAGGCAUUACUGAAAAUGCUAGAAGGAACUGUAGUGAAUAUUCCUGAUAAAGGAGCUCGGAGGCAUCUUCCUGGAGAUGACAUUCGGAUAGAUACAAAGGAUAUCCUGUUUAUAUGUGGUGGGGCCUUUGUUGAUUUGGAUAAGACUAUCUCAGAAAGGCGACAAGAUUCUUCCAUUGGAUUUGGAGCACCAGUGCGUGCAAACAUGAGGACUGGUGGACUGACAGAUACACUGGUGGCAUCCUCAUUGUUGAAAUCUGUAGAAAGUGGUGAUCUCAUUGCAUAUGGCCUUAUUCCAGAGUUUGUUGGAAGGUUUCCUGUUGUGGCUAUCUUAUCAGCUUUGAGUGAAGACCAAUUAGUUCAGGUUCUCACGAAGCCGAAAAAUGCUCUCGGUAAACAGUACAAGAAGAUGUUCCGGAUGAAUAAUGUUGAAUUACAGUUUACAGAUAAUGCCUUGAGAUUAAUUGCUAAGAAAGCAUUGGUAAAGAACACUGGUGCACGGGGUUUAAGAGCUCUUCUGGAGAAUAUACUGAUCGAAGCAAUGUUUGAGGUUCCGCAGGAUGCUGCAGUUGUCAAUACUGUAAAUACCGUUCUAGUCGAUGAGGAGGCUGUUGGCCCAUUGGAUGGACCAGGUUGCGGAGCGAAAAUUAUUCAAAAGGAUUUGCAAAUAAAAGCAGUUCUUCCAUGACUAAAAGUUGAGCCCCAAAUGUGGUAGUCAGCACUUUUGCAACUUAAUCUGUGAGAGGUGAAACUAGAAGAUGCUAAUCACUGGUGGAACUUUGAUCUAUAAAGUCAGGAACAUUUUUUUGUUCUCAAAGUCAUCACUCAUCGGCUCACUCAAGGAUAUUGCACAAAAGGAUGGGCGUAUUGUAGAGCUCCAUAAGGAUAUCGCACACAAGGAUGGGCAUAGUGUCGGGUUCGGUCUACUUUGGGGAUUUACAUGCAGAGCUGACGGUGACUGAUCCGGUCCAGUGGCCUCGAGUCUAUACUAGUAAUUUCCAUUGUGGAGACUGUUUGUACAGGAAUUUUCUGAUGUUUAUAUAGCAGCCAUUGUCACAGCAGCGGUAAUGAUGCUGAUAGUACAUACUGUCAUACUAGUUAGGUCUUGUUUUGCAUAUGAGAUGAAGGGGAAUAUCUGGGAAUGUGACAAUACAUGAAGCCAGCCAACUCUUUCUGCAUAAGGCUCCGCUGCUUCACUACUUUGGUCAUUGGAUGGCAACUAUCAGUACUGAAAUGUCCUGUCUUAUGAGAUUCCAGGAUAACUCGAUAAAUUUGCGUCGGAUC